ACUGAGCUAAAUCCCCAACCCUCAGUACAAUAUUUCUUAAGCUGGCCCAUGUUUUGAAAGGGUUUAGAAGAGGAACACUGUCCAGCAGAUGUCAUCGCCAUGCUAGGAGCAUCCCUGUCUGUGCUGCCUGUCCAGCAGUGACUAGCCUCUGGCGGCUGAUGAGCACAGGGAAUGUCAGGAUUGCACUGUGGGAAAAGCAACAACAACUAAUGAGGAAUCGAAUGUCACCAUGUCUGGAAUCAAGCGAACCAUCAAAGAGACCGACCCUGAUUAUGAGGACGUGUCUGCAGCCCUUCCAAAUAAACGGCAUAAAGCAGUUGAGAGUUCAGCUCGAGAUGCAGCUGUGCAGAAAAUUGAGACUAUUAUUAAGGAGCAGUUUGCUCUUGAAAUGAAGAAUAAGGAACAUGAGAUCGACGUCAUUGACCAGCGACUGAUUGAAGCCCGAAGGAUGAUGGAUAAGCUCCGCGCCUGCAUUGUAGCAAACUAUUACGCUUCUGCCGGUCUUCUCAAGGUUUCUGAGGGAUUGAAGACGUUUGAUACGAUGGCUUUUAACCACCCUGCUAUCAAGAAAUUUUUGGAAUCACCUUCUAGGUCAUCAUCUCCUACCAAUCAGAGAUCAGAAACACCAUCUGCCAAUCAUUCUGAAAGUGACUCACUGUCUCAGCAAAAUGACUUCCUGUCUGACAAAGACAAUAACAGCAACAUGGAUAUGGAGGAAAGACUGUCAAGCAUGGUGGAGCAGAGACCCGGCCGGAACACGGGAAGGGACACUUCGAGUGUUAGUGGCUCCCACAAAAGGGAACUACGGAACGCCAACCUCACAGGAGAUGAGACUUCUCGGCUUUUUGUAAAGAAAACUAUAGUAGUGGGCAAUGUGUCCAAGUACAUACCUCCAGAUAAGCGGGAAGAAAAUGACCAGUCUACCCAUAAGUGGAUGGUGUAUGUCCGAGGGUCCCGUCGGGAACCCAGCAUUAAUCACUUUGUCAAGAAAGUUUGGUUUUUCCUUCAUCCAAGCUAUAAACCAAAUGACCUUGUGGAAGUUAGAGAGCCUCCCUUUCAUCUGACUCGAAGAGGCUGGGGUGAGUUUCCCGUGAGAGUGCAAGUUCACUUUAAGGACAGCCAGAACAAGCGGAUAGAUAUCAUACACAAUCUGAAGCUGGAUAGGACCUACACUGGCUUACAGACCCUGGGUGCGGAGACGCACUGCAUUGCAGGUCCAAUCCGCCCCUUGCACGGAGCGGAGUCUUAUCCUUCUGUGGCUCGGCCCUUCCUGGCCCACGCUCGGGUGAGGUUGGUGACUUCGUUGGUGUCCGUUUUAGCGCUACCGGCGGAGAUCGGCUGGUGGCUUGUUGUGCGAUGGGGCUGUCCGCAUGUGGCCUUCGCGGCUGAGUUGCGCUCCGGCGAUACCGACUGGAACCACCCACUGUCGCCUCAGCGGUUGUGUCCUGUCUCGCGCCACACCCGACCAUACGAGGCCACACGCUGCUUUUACUUUUUGAGAGACGCUGCGCACCGCACCCGGAACCUUGUGCUUAGCUCAGGCAGUGCUCUCACGCGCUACCUCCCCACACUCCGCUGCCGCGGCUUUGUACAGCUUUUCCGCACUUCACUCCGGCAGGCCAGUCCCCCACCCCUCAGCGGGCUUGCUGUGAGGUCCGGUCUCUACGACUCUGAGACGUUGCACGAGGUGGCUUGGACGGUGGUUCGUGGUCAUGCUGGCUCUGCCAGCCUGCAGGCGCAACUGGGACUCCUGGACCGCUCCUGGUCCACGCCACUCACCCAGGACGCAGACCACUGCUUCCUGACGACUGGAUUCCCAGACCACCCUGAAGCUGAGAGACACACGACAUUUUACUCUUUACCGUCUUCGUUGGAGAGAACACCCACCAAGGUGUCAGCAGCACAGAAAGUGACCUUUUGUUCCCACGGCAAUUCCGCCUUCCAGCCGAUUGCAUCAAGCUGCAAAAUUGUGCCGCAGAGCCAGGCGCCCAAUCCCGAGUCACCUGGGAAGUCCUUUCAGCCCAUCACCAUGAGCUGUAAGAUUGUCUCAGGCUCUCCAAUAUCAACUCCAAGUCCAUCACCAUUGCCUCGCACCCCAACUUCCACUCCGGUUCAUGUGAAGCAAGGCACUACCAGCUCUGGUAUAAACCCCCCUCAUGUGAUUGUGGACAAACCUGCACAGGUUAUUGGGGCCUCUACUCAGAGUACAGGAAGUCCUACAAGCAAGCUCCCAGUGGCCUCCCAGGUUCCCCAAGGAACAGGGUCCCCUAUUCCUAAAAUUCACGGAAGUAGUUUCUUAACAUCUACAGUCAAGCAGGAGGACUCUUCAUUCGCAACUAUGCCGCCUCUCUGCCCGAUCGGCAGUCACCCGAAAGUGCAAAGCCCCAAAGCUGUGACUGGAGGACUCGGAGCUUUCACAAAGGUGAUCAUCAAACAGGAACCUGGGGAAGCCCCUCACGUGUCCACCACAGGAACUGCCAACCAGUCAGCAUUCCCUCAGUAUGUGACUGUGAAAGGGGGUCACAUGAUAGCUGUGUCCCCUCAAAAACAGGUCAUAAGUGCUGGAGAAGGCAUGACUCAGUCACCAAAGAUUCCACCCUCCAAGGUUGUUGGUGUGCCUGUUGGCUCUACCUUACCUUCCACAGUGAAGCAGGCUGUGGCAAUCAGCGGUGGCCAAAUCCUUGUGGCCAAGGCCAGCUCUUCUGUCACCAAAGCAGCCGUGACCCAAGGAGUUGCCAAAGCCAUCGUGAGCGGAGGUGGAGGGACCAUUGUCGCCCAGCCAGUGCAGACCUUAGCCAAGACUCAGGUCCCAGCUGCGGGGCCACAGAAGAGUGGUUCCCAGGGCUCAGUAAUGGCAACACUGCAGCUACCAGCCACAAAUUUGGCCAACUUGGCAAAUUUGCCUCCGGGUACUAAACUGUACCUUACCACGAACAGCAAGAACCCCUCAGGGAAAGGGAAGCUGCUGCUGAUUCCUCAAGGAGCCAUCCUGCGAGCUACCAACAAUGCCAACCUCCAGUCUGGCUCGGCUGCCGCUGGUGGCAGUGGCGGCAGCGGUGGUGGUGCAGGAGGGGGAGGCGGUGGAGGAGGCGGUGGCAGCGGAGCAGGAGCAGCCCCAAGCACCACUGGCCCAGGAGGGGUGUCCCAGCACCUGACUUACACAUCCUACAUCCUCAAGCAAACUCCCCAGGGUACAUUCUUAGUUGGCCAGCCAUCACCCCAAACACCUGGGAAACAACUGACUACCGCAUCAGUUGUUCAAGGAACACUGGGAGUCAGCUCAUCCCCUGCGCAGGUCCAACAGACACUGAAAGUCAUCUCUGGACAGAAAACCACCCUGUUUACACAGGCAGCCGCUGCAGGGCAGGCCUCACUGGUGAAGUUACCUGACAACACGCUCAAGGCUGUGCCGGCUGUGCCGGCAGCUUCACAACUCGCCAAGCCUGGGACCACGAUGCUGCGAGUGGCCGGAGGGGUGAUCACAGCUGCUCCAUCCCCUGCCGUGGCAUUCUCUGCAAACGGUGCUGCACAUCAGUCGGAAGGAUCAGUUCCUGUUUCAUCCUCUGUCGGCUCUAUAAUAAAAACUCCCGGGCAGCCACAAGUGUGUGUAAGCCAGGCCGCCGUGGGCACGUGCAAGGGCACAGCUCCCUCUGUCAGCGCAGCAUCCCUGGUGUCCACACCAAGCUCCAUCUCUGGGAAAGCCACCGUGUCAGGACUGUUGAAGAUUCAUUCUGGUCAGCCCAGUCCCCAGCAGGCUGUCCUGACAAUUCCCAGUCAGCUCAAGCCUCUGAGCAUCAACACCUCUGGUGGCGUGCAGACUGUCCUGAUGCCUGUGAAUAAAGUGGUUCAGUCAUUUUCUACCAACAAAUUGCCUACCGUCCUGCCCAUCAGUGUCCCAAAUCCAGCUGCCCCCAGCUCUGCUCCAGUAGCUGUUGCAAAAGUGAAGACUGAACCAGAAACUCCUGGGCCAAACUGCCUCUCACAGGAGGGCCAGACAGCAGUGAAAACUGAAGAGAGCUCUGAGCUGGGCACCUAUGUCAUUAAGGUAGACCACUUGGAGACCAUCCAGCAGCUCUUGACAGCAGUGGUCAAGAAGAUUCCGUUAAUUACUGCGAAAGGUGAUGAUGCCAGCUGCUUUUCUGCAAAGUCUGUGGAGCAGUAUUACGGCUGGAACAUUGGGAAAAGGAGGGCUGCUGAGUGGCAAAGAGCAAUGACAGUACGAAAGGUGCUACAAGAGAUUCUGGAGAAGAACCCAAGAUUCCACCACCUGACGCCCCUAAAAACCAAGCACAUCGCGCACUGGUGCCGCUGCCAUGGUUACACCCCGCCAGACCCCGAGAGCCUGCGUCAUGACGGGGACUCCAUUGAGGACGUGCUGACCCAGAUCGACAGUGAGCCAGAGUGCCUGUCGUCCUUCUCCACUGCCGACGACCUCUGCCGGAAGCUGGAGGAUCUGCAGCAGUUCCAGAAAAGGGAGCCCGAGAACGAGGAAGAAGUGGAUGUCCUCAGCCUAUCGGAGCCUCUGAAGACGAACAUUAAAAAGGAGCAGGAAGAAAAGCAGGAGGAAAUGAGAUUCUACCUGCCGCCAACUCCAGGCUCGGGAUUUGUUGGUGACAUUACACAGAAGAUCGGGAUCGCCCUGCAGCCCGUGGCACUGCACAGGAACAUGUACGCCUCGGUGGUGGAAGACAUGAUCCUAAAGGCCACGGAGCAGCUGGUGAGUGACAUCCUGAGACAGGCGCUGGCCGUUGGAUACCAGACAGCUUCUCCCAACAGGGUUCCCAAAGAAAUCACAGUCAGUAAUAUUCACCAGGCCAUUUGCAACAUUCCUUUUCUGGAUUUCCUCACGAACAAACACAUGGGGAGACUGAACGAGGAUCAGUGAAGACAGUGAAGAUGGUCCCCAGAAAGCAGGAUGGGAAGCUAUGUCUGAAGUAUGCAAACUGUGGUGACCCUUGUGUUUGGAGAAAGGUGGUUCCUCUGUGUGUUAGAAUGCCCUGGCUACCAUACCAUUCCUUCUUUCUAACUGCGUGUUAGCACAAGGGCAUUGAGUCCCAGGUGCAGCCCUUUUAAGACUGAGUUGUUUCCCGAUUCUAGAGGGAAGCUGAAUGGUCACAAUUUUGUCAGCUUGCAUUUCUUUACUCUGUACAGGCUCUGGAGGUGUCUUAGUGUGUGACAAGGGCACAUACACUCCCUCUUUAGAGUGGGCUUGGGUCCACCUGGGGCCCACUUUCCAGAAGGCGGAGAUAAAUCUGACACACUGGCCUGGGCUACUCUAAAGAAGAACAGAGCAAGCAAGUACAUUUUCCUACCUUGCCUCAGUAUGGAAGGGCUGUACUGUGAAUCAGCUACAGAAGGGGUAAUAUGCCAUGUGGAAAACUAGACACCAAGGAGACUAUAGACUGAGACUUUUUCAUGGAACCCCAAAGCCCAUGCUUCUAUGACAGCCAAUGUGAAAGCAUUGAGGUUCCCAGCAGAGAUCAGAAGGCAUCAAGCCUGUGCCCAUGUAACCCAGGAAACUAUCACUGUUAGUGUAAGCAUGAUCCACAGAGUCCGGCCCUUGGCCUGUAGUGGUCUGAGCACUGGGUCCUCAUAGCCAAGUGGGCUGCCGAAGCUCCUCUUGUCCAGGGGCUGGGGAGGCAGCCCCAGGGCAAACCUUCCUGGGUGUCCUCAGUGGACCUGAGGUCCUGUCCUCCUCUGCCAAAGAGUUUUGCCGAGAUGAAAAGGGUUGAAACACCUGUGAGUGCCUUACUUACGAGAACUGCUCUAACCUGGUGUGCCAGUACUCGGGAGCAGAGCCUCUCCCUGAAGGGGCAGAUAGGCGGUUGGUAGCACCAGCACAGAGUGUGCAGACACUGGGGACUCUCCAGUCCUCCUAACCGUUGUGGGCAAAUGAAAGACUUUACUUUCAGUUGGAAACCACCUCACACUCUGCUCAAAGCAAACUUGAAAGGUCUGAGUCAAAGUCAAACUUACUAAGCAACAAAAAGCCUGUUCUCCCAGGUCCCAUAGGUGGGUGUGUGAGCCAGGAAACAGAGUGGGCUGCAGGUACAGAAGGGUUCCUUCCAGCAGGGAUAGGGCGAGCAUGGCUUACGGUACAGUUGGUAUAUAAGGCUUAAGAAUUCGGUCUGUAGGCCACACAGCAGAUUGAUAGGCCCACACACAGAUUUGUUCAGAAGUGGACGGAGACCUUCAAAGUAGAAUAUCCAAAUGAGAACAGAUUCAUUUGUUGUGAUGAAAACCUAAAGAAAUUGCUUUUUGCUAAAGAAAUAUCAAAUGAUUAGAGUUUCCAUGUAUGUUAAUGUUUCAGGUGUUUUUCUAUCAUAAUGUGUAACAUAAUUGUGUAUCAUUUUGUCUACAAUAAAACUUUUAGUAUUUGUGA